CGGCAUUAACAAUAUCGUCCAAAAUCCCACAGAUCAAAUUCGAAACAUUCUCUCAACUCGCCCUAACUCAGACUCGGCCAUGUGGAGAAACACGGUGGGUUUCUCUUCGAAGCUCCUAGCCGCCUCCAAAUCCUCCUCCUCUCUUCGUCUUCCUUUACUUCAUCAUGGCGCUGUUACCCGAUCCACUUCUACAGCCGCCGGCUCCGGUCCGGAGUCAACUGAAGCUGCCGGUUCAGUAAAGUUGGGGUUUUCGUCCGGAUCUCCGGGUUCUUCAGCUGUGGAUCUUUCAUCUUUUGCGGCUGCUGCAUCAGUUUUGAAAUCUAGGGAUGUUGUGGAUUUUGCUAAGCACUAUGGGCGCUGUUAUUGGGAGCUUUCUAAAGCUCGCUUAAGUAUGCUAGUUGUUGCAACCUCCGGCGCUGGGUAUGUCCUUGGGAGUGGUAGUGCCAUUGACUACAUGGGACUUUGCUGCACAUGUGCUGGCACAAUGAUGGUGGCGGCAUCGGCUAACACGUUAAAUCAGGUGUUUGAGGUAAAAAAUGAUGCUAAGAUGAACAGAACUAAGAGAAGACCAUUGCCGUCAGGACGGAUUAGUAUACCUCAUGCAGUAACAUGGGCAGCAUCUUCUGGGAUAGUGGGCACUGCUCUACUGGCUAGCAAGGCUAAUAUGUUGGCAGCUGGCCUUGGGGCUUCUAAUCUUGUGCUGUAUGCGUUUGUAUACACACCACUAAAGCAGAUACAUCCAAUAAAUACAUGGGUCGGUGCAAUUGUUGGUGCUAUCCCACCGCUGCUUGGGUGGGCCGCAGCUUCUGGUCAAGUGUCUCUGAAUGGAUUGCUCCUCCCAGCAGCUCUGUACUUUUGGCAAAUACCUCAUUUCAUGGCCCUAGCGUACUUGUGCCGUAAAGAUUAUGCUGAUGGAGGGUUCAAGAUGUUCUCGCUUGCUGAUGCUUCUGGUCAGAGGACAGCCGCUGUUGCCUUGAGGAACUGCCUAUAUCUACUACCAUUGGGUUACCUAGCCUAUGAUUGGGGGUUGACAUCUGGGUGGUUUUGCCUCGAAUCGACACUUCUUGCUCUGGCUAUUAGCUGUACAGCAGUAUCAUUCUACCUGAACCGUACAACCAAAGAUGCUAGGAGAAUGUUCCAUGCCAGCCUUCUCUAUCUUCCCGUAUUUAUGUCUGGGCUUCUAGUUCAUCGUGUAACUGAGAGUGAGCAGCAAAUGACCAUUGAAAACUCCAUUAAGAUUGUUGAGAUGUCAUCUUCAUUGGAAAGUACAGAAGGGUCGCAAGAAAACAGAAAGAAGCAGUCUGUAGGUGGUGGUCAACGUCGGCCACCUGUAUCGUAUGCCUCAGUUGCUCCAUUUCCUUUCUUGCCAGCUCCUUCAUAUGCCACACCAUAAGAUAUGAAUCUUUUCUCGAAUUUUUUUUUGGUACUAAUGUAAUAAAAACAGGAACAGAAGUACCCCUUUAUAUUGGAUUACUGGCAGCACCUGGAUGUCAUACUUAUAAAGGUUUGAGUAACCUUGGGCGUGGGAUGUCCAAGGAAUAGAUUUUGUUCUUUUUAUUGUUUGGUCCACAAGUAUGUUUACCAGAUCAAAGUGGUAUCUUACAGAUGAUGCAUAUGGAGUAAUCUUAUUUCCUUGAUCCGGUGUUGCGGAGAGCUUUUACAUGAUUGGCAUAAAUAACAUUGAGGCUAGUGAUGUUGCGAGAGCAAUUUUGUAAAUUCAUUGAUGCUAUGGACGAAGUGCAUUUUGUCUCAAA